AUGGGUACGUUUGCUGGCCACGCAUUGCCGGGAAGUUUUUUCCUAAUGUUUGGUAUCUGGUCUACCAUAUUUCAGUUAAAAAAAUACUACAGAAGGAAGAAGUACGAGCUCGGAUUCUCUGGCUAUCCCGAACCUAUCUAUAAGAACCAAUUCACCACCCCCAUUCGUUGUUCUGAGCGUGGAUGCUGUUGCAAGGGCGGAGAAUUCCCUUUGGAUUCUCUCCUGAAAGUUAUCUGUUGCGGCAUCGGUAUUAUCGGUGAAGUAUACACAGGAUUUCAUGACGGAAAGUUCACGUACCUCACUAAUGCCCAACAUUCGACAAUGUUCGCCAUGUUCAUGCUCGCUGGCAUCUUUGAGUUAUUGAAUUUUUACAAAAUUUUUAGUUUUUUCAGAUGCUGCGAUUACUUCUUCAACUUCCUUGCCAUUGUAACCGAAUGCGUUCUCUUUGCUUUCCAUUUGCACGGAAGAACUCCCACAGAUAUCUACGUGCACACUAUUCUUAUCUACGUUUUGAUUGUUCUCAUCGUAGUCGGUCUCUGUGAAGUAGUUUUUCUCCACUCACUCACAGCUGGUCUCCUUCGCUCCGUCAUAGUCAUAGCUCAGGGAUCCUGGUUCUGGCAAGUUGGAGCCAUCCUCUAUCCCCCACUACCCUCUCUCCCAGCCUGGGAUGAACUGGCAAUUGAGAGCAUUCCUCGUUCAACCAACAUCUUCAUCUGGCAUGUGAUUUGCGUUUUUGGAUUUGUUUGUCUUAUAGCCGCCAUAAUGGGCAUCCCACUGCGGAAUCCUCCGGCCAACGCAAGCGUCAACAGAGCCUAUCAGCGACGUUUGCUCGCUGAGGAAGGCGCUGUCGACUCGGACAACAGUGGCAGUGAAACGGAGAUCCUUGAAAUGCGUCAAUGGAAAACGAAUUACUAA